AUGGCCGCCAAGAUGACGCAGAAGAAUCUUUUUGCGAUGCUCAAGGAGGAGGCCAAGAAGAAGCUUCCCAACAGGAACGACCGCAAGCGCGGCCGUGACUCCUCCGGACCUGUUGUCCUGAACGAGAAGCAGUGCAAGCUGGCAAAUCUCACCGGAGCAAAGCCGAGCACGUACAAGAAGAAGUUCACUGGCGGGUGGAGGUCCGUUGACGACUUUCUGACCAACCAGAAGAAGGUCAGGGAGCGCUACUACGCCAAGCACAACGAGGACCCGGCCUCCGGCGACCUGAAGUGGCUCCUGGACCAGCUCGGCGUUGCCUACGACCAUAACAUCUCUCAGAAGGCUGCCAUCCGUCUGUGGGUCGACCACACCUCCGGAAUUCGUGUGUGGCAGGCGGCAAGUCUCUCCAUGGAGUACAGCAUCGGGCCUGACGACUGGAAGGACCUCACCAACGAGCAGGCGGAGUCCAUUCUGGAGAAGCUGCAGGAGGACCCGGCGAACCGCGACCCCAGGAACUUUGACGACGAGCCCGACGAGGACUACUUCGCUGAUGACAUGGGCGACGCGGCCGACUUCGACAUUGGCGGGAGCGUCGCCGAGAACCUGGCGGCGCUGGACGACGAUCCCAUCGACGACGACCUGACCCUGUCCCAGCUGACCAUGGGAAGCGCCAAGAAGCCGGCCGGCGGCAAGAAGGCGGCCGGCUCCAAGAAGGCGUCCAAGGCGGAUUGA